AGCAUGGCCAAAUGGGGGAAAGGAGAUCCGCGCUGGAUUGUGGAGGAGAGAGCGGACGCGACCAACGUCAACAACUGGCACUGGACGGAGCGGGACGUGACAGGCUGGUCAUCAGACAAACUGAAGAAGCUGCUGCUGGGUGUUCAGGUGGAGGGAGAGGCCGGCAACUGUCAGGUGACAGAGGUCAAUAAGCUGGUGGGAGAAGCUUCCAUUAACAACCGCAAAGGAAAGCUCAUCUACUUCUAUGAAUGGGUGAUCAAAGCAUCCUGGCUAGGAACGUCAAAUUCUGGUAUCAAAUACAAAGGGAACAUUGAAGUGGCCAAUUUUUCGGAUGAAAAUGACAUGGAUGACCUUGAUAUCUCAGUCUCUCUGUGUAAAGACCAGCCCAACACUUCUCUGCUCCACCUCAUGAAAAAGGAUGGAGUUCAGAAAGUUCAAACUGCUCUGGAAAGUUAUGUCACACACCUCAAAUCAGUGUUCACUCAAGGGAUGAUGUUGCCCGCUGCCAAUGGUGCCAGCCAAUCCCAGCCCAGCAAGACUCAGAGUCAGAUCAAGGUGAACAAAACACAGAUUAGCGCCACAGUCUCAGCCACGGCGCCUCAUGUGGUCUUCAGCAGUACUGAAGGGGUCCGGAUCCCCACCUGCUGCUUCACUCUGAAGGAAAACUUCCUGACCUCGGCUGAAGAACUGUACAGAACCUUCACCAGCCAGGAGUUUGUUCAGGUGUUCACACACUCGCCGGCAGUCGUCGAAGGACACAGUGGAGGGAAGUUCCGUCUGCUGGAUGGGACCGUGACUGGAGAGUUCACUGAACUGGUCCCUGAUGAAAAGCUUGUGAUGAGGUGGAGAUUUAAGACGUGGCCGAGUGAGCACUAUGCCAUCAUCAGUUUGGUCCUGAAGGAGCAUGGUGAUGAGACGAAUCUGAAGAUGGACUGUAAAGGCGUCCCAGUGGGGGAGGAGGAGAGGACCCGAGAGGGAUGGAGGAGAUAUUAUUUUGAAGCCAUCAAACAGACGUUUGGAUAUGGAGCGCAACUUAACUGACUUUAACAUUUCAUCGCCCCAGUCCAUAAACACACUUUUUACCGAAAUCAAAACCUCUAUUACACUACAGCUGUUUGUGUUCCAGUUUUAAAUUUACUGGUGUCAAGCUAAACCGGUCUCAGUCUUCAGAUCAAUUCUCAGACAUGUUCUGAUGUUUAGAUGGCUCUGUAUAAUUUGGAUAUGAUUUCAGAUCAAUCUGAAAACUCAACAGAAUAAAUUAACAUCACCCUCAUUGAA